AUGGACGCAGCUAGCUUGAUUGUCGGUUUACCCGGUCUCUUCAACGAUUGUAUAGAGCUCUGGGAACGCUUCAACAACUACAGGGAAUACGACCAGGCAGCAUCCACCGUAGCGAACAUACAUGCGGCGCAGAAGCUGCGACUCACUCAAUGGGCACGUGCAGUGGCGUUAGCUGACGGGAAGCUGCGGCCAGAUCAUCAUGAGGCUUUCGAUGAUCCCGAGGUCACCACUCUUGUCCGGAACAUCUUGCAGAAGCUGAAGGAUCUUUUCGCUGAGCAUGAUGAGAAAAUCAUCGGCCAUACGAAAACGAAAACCCAAAGUGAUGGGUCAAAGGCCCUCGGCACCUCUAAACGGGCUGCCUUCAGAUGGGCCAUCUCGGACAAGAAUCGAGUCAUCACAUAUGUUGACCAGAUCGAAGCACUUGUGUCUGCUUUUUCACGCGAAGCCGCCCAGCAGCGGAGCCUGCAGAUUGUUGAUCAGUAUAUUGGCGCACCCAGAACCAAUUUCGACUACCAGGAACAAGCCGCAGGAAGGGCUCCUGGCACCUGUGAAUGGAUUCUCUCCCAUCCGGGCUACACCGCAUGGCGUGUGCAAUCGCGGGAGCCUACUCUACUGUGGUUGUCUGGGCCUGCCGGUCACGGAAAGAGCGUCUUAUACUCUCGUACCCUGCUCGAGCUGAUGACCGAUCGAGGACUCGAUCUUGCUUAUUGCGUGGCAAGUGGACAUGCGAGCAAAGACCUUGAGGAAGUCCCGAGGAUUACUUUAUCUGCAUUGAUCCGCCGAAGUCCUGACGUACUGAACAUGGUUCUGAGCCAGAUGCAGAGCUCGAUCAGUAGGACAGGCACCACAUCAGAAAUAUGGACUAUCCUUGCUAUGGUCGCGGCAAUAUUGCCGUCGCUGGUUCUUGCUAUUGAUGGUCUGGACGAGUAUCCGUAUGGCGCACGAUCCGAGUUCCUGGACAAGCUGCGAGAAAGCUUGGCUACGUCAACGGUGAGGUUAUUACUAGUGAGUCGACGGGAGACUGAUAUCGAAUCUGCGCUGCAUUCGUUCGAAGCCUCCUUUACUGUCCACGAGUGUUUGCUGGACAAACAGCUACUCAACGACGACCUGAAGUCAUAUGCUUCCACUGUGGUCGAUGAGAAAUUGAUAAAGCAUACCACAGCUUUCAGAGAAGAAAUCGCGAAAGACUUAGUCACUCAAUGCGAUGGUAUGUUUUUGAUGAUGCGCUUGCAGCGGGAUCAGCUAGGUCCUCCGAACAAACCCUCGCGGAAAAGCAAGAAUGAGUUACGGAAGAUUGUCAGUGAAACGCCAAACGGGCUUGACAAAGCAUACGAAAGAAACAUCUCGCAGAUCGUACAACAACCCGAGAAAGAUAAGCUCAAGGCCUUUGCAAUUCUCCAAUGGGUCAUGCAUAGUAAGGAGCCCCUUACUGUGGCAGAAUUGACAGAAGCGGUCAUCAUAAGCCUGGCGCCCUUCAGCGAAGACGAAGACGAAGACAGCCAGACCUUGAUAGACCCGGACGAUCUGCCAGAAACACUUGACGAAGAAUACGUCCAGACUGAGCUACUUGCACCUUGCGCGUCAAUGAUUGACCAUAUUUGCUCGGCCGUCACCAUACCCAUCGCUCUUGAUGUCACGAACCUCUUCCCCCAACCACCCAUGCACGCCUGCCCUCCGUCCUCUCUUUCGCCAGCUUGCCCCAACUUGGAUCUGCUGCUCGCAUCACGUAUAUCCACGACGAGACUGGAAGUAGGAAGGCCGUGGCGAAGAAGGUGA